AAUUCCGAUAUACCUUUUUUCCCGCUUAUUGUUUUAUUGUUGUCAACAUAGGUAUACACCAACUACCAGCUCAAGAUCACGUCAACUAUCGUCGAGUUGGGCAAAAUUGCACGAGGAACUUUCCGAUCAUGGCAACUCAGGAUGACUUGAAAUCCAAACCACCAUGCCAUCCAAGAGCCUGUGCUAUUCAGGAUUGCCUCACAAAGAACAACUACAAUGAGUCCAAGUGUCAGGGCCUGAUAGAUGCCCUGUACGACUGCUGCAAUGCGUUCUACCGGGAAAACGGUGACAAUGCCAGCAGUGUGAGUUGUCCCAGGCCAGAUUUGCUACGGCUGAAGCUGAAGCAGCGGCGUGAAGAAAAUAGCAAGUGAGGCUGGCCAUGCCUGCCUGGGACGCUGCUAGGGGCUUUUCGGUCACAAUGCU